AUUUGUUUUUGUUUAUUAUAUUUACAAGUUUGAAGAAGAAGAAGAAAGUUUUCCUAGUUGACUCUGAGCUUUACUCUCUGCUAUCGGUUCAUCCAACAUGUUUCUAGCACCCGGAAAACCAGUCGUUUCCGCCACCAUCUGUAACUUUCCGGCCAAAAGUAUCGAUCUUUGUAAUGGGGAUCACGUUGCUGUUAAAUGGAGAAACUCCAACCGGCGUUUCCUACUUGUGACAUCAGUGAUUAGCCGAGGAGACAACAAAACCUCCGAAUCUUCCUCAUUGGAGGCGGUGGCUAAAGAUUCAUUCAACGGCUCGAUCUCAAAAAGCGGCAAGGGUAUUGAAGUUAGGGCAGUGAUCACUAUAAGGAAGAAGACGAAGGAGAAGAUCAAUGAGAAGAUAGAGGAUAAAUGGGAUACUGUCAUCAAUGGGAUCGGUCAGGGCAUCUCGAUCCAGCUCGUUAGUCAUGAAAUAGAUCCCGAAACCAUGUCAGGGAAAACAGUAAAGUCAUCGGUGAAGGGUUGGCCGCCAAAGAAGCCGGAGAAUCCAAAUAUAGUAGAAUACUAUGCAAACUUCACCGUACCUUACGAUUUUGGAAUUCCGGCCGCCGUUCUCAUCACCAAUUUCCUUGGAAAAGAGUUCUACUUGCUUGAGAUCAUUGUUCAUGGCUUUCAACAAGCACCCAUACAUUUCACAGCAAAUACAUGGGUUCAUUCUAGACAAGAUAAUCCAGAAAGCAGAAUCAUUUUCGAAAACAAUGCGUAUUUACCAUCACAAACCCCUCCAGGGAUAAAGGAUCUUCGACAUGAAGAUCUUCUGAGUGUUCAAGGAAACGGUAAAGGAAACAGAAAGCAACACGAACGAAUCUACGAUUACGCACCUUAUAACGAUUUGGGUAAUCCAGACAAAUCAGAGGAAUUAGCCAGACCGGUUAUGGAAGGCUUAGAUAUGCCUUAUCCUAGGAGAUGUCGAACUGGUAGACCUCCAACAAGAACAGAUCCAUUUUCGGAAACAAGAAUCGAAAAGCCUAAUCCUGUUUAUGUUCCAAGAGACGAAACAUUUGAAGAGAUUAAACAGAAUACAUUCUCUGCUGGAAGAUUGAAAGCUUUACUACAUAAUUUGAUUCCAUUAAUUGCAGCUACACUAUCAAGUUCAGAUACCCCUUUUACAUGUUUCUCUGAAAUUGAUAAGUUAUACAUUGAUGGUGUGAUCUUGAAAGAUGAUGAACUUAAAGAAGGAGGAAUGCAGAUGCAAUCUUUAACCAAUUUGUUUAGUCAGAUUCUAUCAGUUGGACAGAAGUUGUUGAAAUAUGAAGUUCCUGCUAUUAUUAAAAGAGAUAGAUUUGCUUGGCUAAGGGAUAUUGAAUUUUCUCGUCAAGCUUUAGCAGGAGUUAACCCGGUUAAUAUUGAAUUACUUAGGGAAUUUCCUAUUGUCAGCAAAUUAGACCCUGCAAUAUAUGGUCCACCAGAAUCUGCUAUAACUAAAGGGAUGAUAGUAGAAGAACUGCAUGGAAUGAGUUUUGAAGAGGCAAUGGAGAAUAAGCGAUUGUUUAUACUGGAUUAUCAUGACAUGAUGUUACCAUUCAUAGAGAAGAUAAAUUCAUUACCAGGGAGAAAAUCAUACGCCACUAGGACUAUAUUUUUUCAUACUCGAACUGGGCUUUUAAGGCCAAUUAUUAUCGAGCUUUCGCUCCCACCAACUCCAUCUUCCCAACGAAAUAAACAGGUUUACACCCAUGGACAUGAUGCGACAGCUUACUGGAUUUGGAAGCUUUCUAAAGCUCAUGUUUGCUCCAAUGAUGCUGGAGUUCAUCAAUUAGUCAAUCAUUGGCUGAGGACUCAUGCUUGUAUGGAACCAUACAUAAUUGCAACACAUAGACAGCUUAGUUGUAUGCAUCCCAUCUUUAAGCUUCUUCAUCCUCAUAUGCGUUACACAUUGGAAAUCAAUGCUCUCGCGAGGCAGAGUUUAAUAAACGGUGGAGGAAUAAUCGAGGCUAGUUUUAGUCCUGGAAAGUAUUGUAUGGAAGUAAGCUCGGCAGCUUACAAGAGCAAUUGGCGGUUUGACAUGGAAGGACUUCCAGCUGAUUUAAUUCGAAGGGGGAUGGCUGUUGAGGAACCUUCAAUGCCAGGUGGUGUGAAACUUGUGAUCGAAGACUAUCCUUACGCAGCUGAUGGGAUCUUAAUAUGGGCUGCGAUAAAAGAGAUGGUGGAAUCUUACGUUGAUCAUUGGUAUUCCGAGUCUGAAUCAUCAGUAGCUUCUGACGUCGAGCUACAAGCGUGGUGGAACGAGAUCAAGAACAAGGGACAUCCCGAGAAGAAGAAUGAGAAGUGGUGGCCAAAACUCAAAACCAAAGAGGACUUAAGCGGGAUUCUAACAACCAUGAUCUGGAUUGCUUCGGGCCAGCAUGCAGCCAUAAAUUUCGGGCAAUACCCGUUUGGUGGGUACAUGCCAAACCGUCCUACACUCAUGAGAAAACACAUCCCUUUAGAAACGGAUCCAGGGUAUGAGAAAUUCAUGCAUAGCCCACAAAGUACUUUUCUUUCGUCAUUGCCAACUCAACUUCAGGCAACAAAGGUGAUGGCUGUACAAGACACAUUGUCAACUCACUCGGCCGAUGAGGAAUACAUAUCACAGCUGUACCGUCUUCAGAGAUAUUUCAUCAACGACGAAAAAGUGUUGGAAAUCUUUGAGAAAUUUGAUAAUAAACUUAAGGGUAUUGAAGAGAUUAUAAAGAAGAGGAAUAAGGAUGUUCGGCUUAAAAACCGAACUGGUGCUGGCAUCCCACCAUACGAGCUGCUUCUUCCCUCGUCUGGCCCGGGUGUGACUGGCCGUGGUAUCCCUAAUAGUAUUUCGAUCUAGUUAUAUUAUGUUCGGGUUAUGUAAAAUAGACAUGAUGGACUAGAACCAUUAUUUUGUAUUUGUCUGGUUGUAGCUUGUUGUUUGUAGGCAGAUUGUUGAAGAACCAAAUGUAGUUGGAGAUGCAUAGUUGAAAUAUAAUAAGGUAUUAGCUACUUUAACCAA